AUGACGGGCGUACGCGAGUCCGUCGAGCUCAUGCGGAGCCAGGGCCCCAAGCACGACGAGCCCCUGGCCGACAUUCUCGACAAGCUGCGGGCGGACCAGGCUCCGGGCUCCAUCGAGCAGAUAUGCCGCUCGCAGGAGGCGCGCUGCCUGAAGCUGAAGGGGCAGCUCAACAAGGCGAUUGCGCGGCGGAAGGCCAAGGUGGAGCACCUGAAGAAGGUCCGGGCGCAGCUGGGCCUCCUGGACAAGGAGACGCUCGACGAGAGCGAGGUCGCGAGCCGGCUCGCGGAGCCCUCCAGCUCGUUCAUCGGCGGGGCCAUGGACUCGGAGCUCGACCUGGACAUGUCCUUCGGCGCCUCCAAGAUGGACCUGCAGCCGUCCACCCUCGGCGGCGCCUCGGCCAUUUCCGCGACGAACGUGUCGUACGAGACCCAGAAGGCGCGCAUCCAGAACAGCAUCGAGAUGCAGCUCUUCAAGGCGAUGGAGGAGGAGCGGCUCGGCAAGUCCUACAAGCAAAUCCACAGGCGUCUGAAGGACGAGCUCACGAUCCUGAAGAAGAGCGCGGACGACAUCAAGACCGCGGUGGAGGACUACCAGGACGCGAUGGAGCAGGAGCGCCUCCGGCUGCGCAGCGCCAACCAGUCGCGGCGCGAGGCGGUCAACCUGUGGAAGGAGGUCAACCGCGUCAAGGAGGAGAGCGCGAAGCUCUGGCAGCACAAGAUGUCCGCGAGGGAGCGCGUCGCAGAGAAGGUCAUCAAGGAGCGCACGGAGCUGGAGAACCGCGCGAUGGAGCGCGAGAAGGCCCGGCGGCGCGCGCAGAUCCAGCAGAAGCGCACGCAGACGGGGAAGCACUCGCAGGCGGCGCACGCGGAGCAGGCGCAGCGCGGCGCGGCGGCGGAGUCGGAGGGCGCGCUGGAGCCCGGGGACCCGGUGGCGGAGCUGGCGGCGCAGGGCGACAAGCUGGACCCCAAGGUGAAGGCGUCGGUGGAGGUGUAUGAGAAGAUGCAGCACCUGAUGCGGGGGAUGAAGGUCGCGGACGAGGGGCCGGACUCGCUGUACAACAAGAUGACCGACAUGCAGGACAAGGGCGCGACGGCGAAGGAGCAGGCCGCGGCGCUGGAGGCGACGCUGAACGACCGCAACGAGGUGCUGCGGGGCCUGACCAAGGAGCGCGACGCGCUGCGCCUGGAGGCCGCGGGCGGGGACGUCAAGGGGCUGGAGGAGCUCAAGCAGCGCGAGGACGAGGUCGCGCAGGCGAGCGCGAGCGCGGCGCGCGUGCAGCGGCAGAUGAGCCGGCUGGAGGCCACCCUGGCGCAGGUGCUGCUGGGGAUCCGGCUGCUGGGCGGGCGCGUGGACCAGGUGCUGCCGGAGGUCAUGCGGGACUACGUGGACCAGAAGGACUUCAAGCCGGACCUCGGGACGGUCGACGAGAACAGCGACCGCCCGGGCAGCAAGGGCGUGGACGGCGACGACACGCGCCUGGCCGAGGAGGUCUCCACGGCGUGGAAGCGCCUGCAGGAGCGCAUCGAGAUGGUCAUCGCGGCCGAGUGGCCCAAGGCCAAGCCGUCGGACCUCCCCGCGGAGAUCAACGCGGACCUCGCCAAGUCGGCGUCGCGACAGCGGCUCAUGUCCGGGGCGUCGCGGCAGCACCUCGAGAGCGAGCCCUCGGAGGCGCAGAGCGGGAAGGGCUCGCCGCUGCCGGGCAAGGAGGCCUCGAAGGCGUCGCUCACGCGCGGCGAGGAGGAGCGCAAGAGCCUGCGCGUGAUGCGGGCCAACCGCUCGAUGUCGUCGGCGAGCCUGAAGAAGCGCCUGGGCAUCCCCGGGCAGCACCCGUCGGACCCGAACAACAAGGUGAUCCUGCGGACGCGGUCGAAGCUGCGCUCGGUGCAGCAGGAGGGCAUGAAGCACAACAUCCGCAUCAAGCUCGAGGGGGAGUCGGACGAGUCCUCCGAGGAGGAGCACGAGCACACCGAGGUGAACCCGCUCGCGAGCCUGCUGCACCACCGCCGGCACAACAAGGACGACGACGUCCUCGACCGCCAGACGCUCAAGGCCAAGUCCAAGGCGCUGGCGGAGAAGCACGCGCCCAAGCACAAGGACUCCAGCGCGGCGUGA